AUGGACAUCUUCCAGUACAGGAAGGUCUUUAUCUACGCCCUGACUUUUCUGGCGUAUGCCUGGUCGGGCUACGGAGCCGGCCUACUGACGAAUCUCCGGGAUGCCGUGCUCGCAGCCGAGACCGUCUUCUCGGACCUCUUUGAGAACGCCAUCACCGUUGCUCGUAAAAUUCGGGACAUACACGAAGUCUUCGACGCAGCGGUUGAUGAGAAUUGCGUCUACCACUGUCCGUCCGGGGCAACUCCAAAAGCUGACUGGAAUCACAAGCCUUCGUACGACGGAUGUGGCUCUUUAGGCAUUGAUGUUGAUCAACAGUACCUUCCACUUGAACAAAUGACAAAAUGCUGCAAUGAUCACGAUGUGUGUUAUGAUACUUGCAAUUCUGAUAAAGAGAAAUGUGACUUGGAAUUCAAGAGGUGUUUGUACAAAUACUGCGAAGGCUACCAGUCGACUGGAUUAACGAUUGUAAAUACAUGCAAGGCAGCUGCCAAACUCCUGUACACAGGAACAACAACUUUAGGUUGCAAGAGUUAUCUCGAUGCUCAGAAGCAAGCUUGUUACUGUGGUAAUAAAGCUAAAACUAAAAAACCAAAACGUGCUGCUCAAGCAGGUGGAGAAUUGUAAAGUGACCUUUCACAUUUGUCAAUGUUGUACAUAAGAAUCAAUUAUUUCAUCUAAUUUAUUUUUAUAUAUGUAUCAAACUAUUAUCAUGUAAUUACUCUUGUACAUGAAAAAAUUUGUUUCUGUAAAAUUUACUACUGACGCGAACCAAAAUAUAAUACAAACAAUAAAUGU